GCAAACCACAUGGAUCAACACAUUUAUACAGCACACAUUUCCUCCUCCACUUUUUCUUCUUUCCCUCCCACUUGCUAGGAACCUCUGCUUUUCACACCAAAACCUUAACCUCUUGUUCUGUUCCUACAAGGUGCAGAGUAUUGUGUAGCCGGAUCUGAAAUCUGAUAAUUUAGUUGAAAACACAGGGAAAUAUGAGGAACUGGAGUAUGAUUGAGAGAUUUUCGGAUACUUUUCGUCAGAAUCCUUCUCUCUCUAGAUUGCUUGUUGUUUUCACCGUCAGCGGUGGGGGCCUUGUGGCUUAUAGCGAAGCUAAUUCUAGUAACAGUGAAGUUAAAGUUGCUACACCUGAGGUGGUUAGCAGGAAAAAGAAAGUGGUCGUGCUUGGCACUGGUUGGGCUGCAACCAGUUACUUGAAAAACUUAAAGAACUCCUCAUAUGAUGUUCAGGUGAUAUCACCUCGCAAUUACUUUGCAUUCACACCUUUACUACCAAGUGUUACAUGUGGAACCGUGGAAGCUCGCAGCAUUGUUGAACCGAUUCGCAACAUUGUCCAUAAGAAAAACAUAGAUAUUCAUUACUGGGAAGCUGAAUGUUAUAAGAUUGAUGCGGAAAAUAAGAAAGUGUUUUGUCGAUCUAGUAAAGACGGUAUUGUGAAUGGAAAUGAAGAAAUUGUUGUAGACUAUGACUACCUAGUAGUCGCCAUGGGAGCUCGUGCAAACACAUUCAAUACUCCAGGGGUGGAGGAAAAUUGUUUGUUCUUGAAGGAAGUAGAAGAUGCUCAGAAAAUUCGUAGGACUGUUAUUGAUUGCUUUGAAAGGGCCAGCCUCCCCAAACUGACUGAUGCAGAGAGGAAAAAAGUUCUUCAAUUUGUAGUUGUUGGUGGUGGUCCGACUGGUGUGGAAUUUGCAGCUGAGCUUCAUGAUUUUGUAUCUGAAGAUUUAGUCAAGCUAUAUCCAAAGGUGAAAGAUUUUGUUAAGAUAACACUUCUUGAGGCAGGAGACCAUAUACUAAACAUGUUUGAUAAAAGGAUCACAGUUUUUGCAGAAGAAAAAUUUCAAAGGGAUGGUAUUGAUUUGAAAACAGGCUCAAUGGUUGUAAAAGUAUCAGACUCGGAAAUUUCUACUAAAGAGAUAAAGAAUGGGCAAAUCUCUUCUAUACCUUAUGGAAUGGUUGUCUGGUCAACCGGUAUAGGGACUCGUCCUGUUAUAAUGGAAUUUAUGAAGCAAAUUGGUCAGGCUAAUAGACGUGUGUUGGCAACUGAUGAAUGGCUGCGAGUGGAACGAUGUGAUGGCAUAUAUGCACUCGGAGAUUGUGCCACAAUCAAUCAGCGCAAAGUGAUGGAAGACAUUUCAGCGAUAUUUAGUAAAGCAGACAAGGACAGUUCUGGAACAUUAACAGUUAAGGAGUUUCAAGAUGCCCUAGAUGACAUCUGUGAGAGAUACCCUCAAAUGCAGCUCUAUUUGAAAAACAAACAGAUGAGUAGUCUUGUUGAUAUAUUGAAAGAAUCCAAAGGGGAUGUGGUAAAAGAAGCUGUAGCAUUAAAUAUUGAAGAGUUUAAACAAGCUCUAUCCCAAGUAGAUUUCCAGAUGAAGAAUCUUCCAGCCACUGCACAGGUUGCCGCUCAACAAGGUGCCUAUCUAGCCAAUUGUUUCAACCGCAUGGAGGAGUGUGAGAAAAAUCCAGAAGGUCCUCUGCGUUACAGAGGAGAAGGACGUCACAAGUUUCGUCCUUUCAGGUACAAGCAUUUUGGACAGUUUGCUCCAUUGGGGGGUGAGCAAACAGCAGCUCAACUUCCUGGAGAUUGGGUUUCCAUUGGCCACAGUUCUCAGUGGCUCUGGUAUUCUGUGUAUGCAAGCAAGUUAGUUAGUUGGCGUACGAGGGCACUGGUGGUAUCCGACUGGGGCAGGCGCUUCAUCUUUGGUAGAGACUCAAGUCAAAUAUAAUGAACUCAACACCGGUAUUGCCAAUGUUCAUAAUGAGAUACGAGAACUUGCUGUCUGAAUGUUUUGAUACAACCCCUGUCGCAAAUUUUGUUUAAUAUUUCUGUUCUCAAUAAUUGGAAGAUGGCCACAACUCGGCUUAAGUUGUUGCAGAAACUGUGGAUGAGUUUUUUCUUUUGCUUUUAUAUGCGGCUGUAGCAAUACAAAACUGUGGAUGAGUUUCAAUUAAGCUCUAGUAUGCGGCUUUAGCUAUCCACUCAUACAUGUAGUUGUCUACAUUGUUAUUGUUUUACCUGGAGAGUGUUAGAAACAAUAAUUAUAUCAAUAUUUUUCAUUCCCAGAAA